CUAUUUAGCCCCUCCCUCAACCCCACCACGACCCAACAAAGUGUCUCUGUUUUUGUUUCUGCGCCCCUCCUCCACCACUCUUCCACCACCAACCUCUACCUACCUCCCACCAACACCCCUCCUCACAUUCCCAUCACAUCUAACAUGGUCGUAAAGGUCGGCAUCAACGGUUUCGGCCGCAUUGGCAGGAUCGUCUUCCGCAACGCCAUUGAGCACGACGAUGUCCUCAUCACCGCCGUCAACGACCCUUUCAUUGAGCCCCACUAUGCCGCCUACAUGCUCAAGUACGACAGCACCCACGGCCAAUUCAAGGGCACCAUUGAAGUUGACGGCAACAACCUCAAGGUCAAUGGCAAGACCAUCAAGUUCUACACCGAGAAGGACCCCGGCAACAUCCCCUGGAGCGAGACUGGCGCUUACUACGUCGUCGAGUCCACCGGUGUCUUCACCACCACCGACAAGGCCAAGGCUCACUUGAAGGGCGGUGCUAAGAAGGUUGUCAUCUCUGCUCCCUCCGCAGAUGCUCCCAUGUUCGUCAUGGGUGUGAACGAGGAGACAUACAAGUCGGACAUCGAGGUGCUCUCCAACGCCUCAUGCACGACCAACUGCCUCGCUCCUCUCGCCAAGGUUAUCCACGACAAGUUCACCAUCAUCGAGGGCUUGAUGACCACCAUCCACUCAUACACCGCCACCCAGAAGGUUGUUGACGGUCCUUCCAGCAAGGACUGGCGUGGAGGCCGCACCGCUGCUCAGAACAUCAUUCCCAGCAGCACUGGUGCCGCCAAGGCUGUUGGCAAGGUCAUCCCCGACCUCAACGGCAAGCUCACUGGCAUGUCCAUGCGUGUUCCCACUGCCAACGUCUCCGUCGUUGAUCUUACUGCCCGUAUCGAGAAGGGCGCUACUUAUGACGAGAUCAAGGCCGCCGUCAAGGAGGCUUCUGAGGGUCAAUUGAAGGGUAUUCUCGGCUACACCGAGGAUGAGAUCGUAUCCACCGACUUGAUUGGUGACAACCGUUCAUCCAUCUUCGAUGCCAAGGCCGGUAUCUCCCUGAACAAGAACUUCGUCAAGUUGGUCUCGUGGUACGACAACGAGUGGGGUUACUCUCGCCGGGUGCUCGAUCUCUUGGUGUACAUCGCCAAGGUAGAUGGUGCCGCUUAG